CCGGCGCGGCAGACGCGGACCUCCUGGGACGACGACGAGGAGGAGGAGGAGGAGGAGGAGGAGGAUGGCGACGACGACGACGAGGAUGGCGACGACCCCCUCGGCGGCGACGACACCCUCGGGUACCCCUUCGGGUACCCCCGCGCGUCCUCGGCGCCCCGAAGACGCAGCCGGCAACGCCACCGAGGUUGCCGGCGCCCGCGAGCUCGACUCCAAACAGCCCGACGCGUCCGAGAAGGCGGCGGCGGCGUACGAGGCCAUGCUCGCGUACAUGAAAGCCAAGGAGGAGGAAGAGAAGAAGACAGAGAAGGAGACGGAGACGGAGACGGAGACGGAGGCGACGCGGGGGAACGAGACGAGUCCCGAGACGAGUCCCGAGACGAGGCCCGAGGACCCCGCGAAGGACACAGCCGUCAACGGGACACAGCCGGCGGCGGCCGAAGCGCACGCCGCCGAGGGCGACGAGACCGGCGUGCCCGACGUGGGCGUCGCGGAGGUGCCCGGCGCGGUGGGCGCGUCCGCGGCGGCGCGGGGCGGCGGGGGGGAGGACACGGCCGGCGGCAACCCCGGCUCCGAGCUCGUCGUUUUGGAGAGCGACGGGCGCUCUCCGCCCGUUGGGCUCGCGCUCAUCAGGGGGCCGCAGCUGGCGGCCGGCGUCGCCGCUUUCGGUUGCGUCGGGCUCAUCGCCGCGGUGUGGGCGGCUCGGAGGGCCACGUCGGGGCCGCACUCGUCGCUCGAGCGCGGAUGGUCCAGCGUCAAGCUCCCGAGCGGUUUUCGCGCCAAGGACAACAACGCGGGCGGCAGCGAGAAGGAUGUCAGGUAUCGGGAGCUGCAGAUGACCGAGGAGGCGGCGACGGAGGGGGUCGGGGGGUCGUCGUCGUCGUCGUCGAGCAACGAGGGACGGCGCGGGGGUCGGAAGAAGGGCGGCCGGCGGAUGACCACCGAGGAGGAGAGCUUCUACGACUUGUGACAAUAUCUGGAAAAUAUCUGCUGCUUC